UUGAAAAUCAUAAUCAUAAUGAAUAGGCCGAACUAUCCAGUUUCUUGUGAUCUAAAAUCGCUGAUUCGAGAUCUCUGCAGCAGAGAGAGCCAGGAGGAUGGGAGAUGGUGUGAUUUGGUGGAGAAAGCACUACAGCUUUCAGGAAAAAUUCAACUAGAACUACAACAGCACCCCAAUAAAGACAUUAUGGAACAGAUGGAGACUAUUGCAGUUAACCUGUGGAACUUUACCGUGUCACUGAAAACUGGCAGAAGGUUAUCUUUGUUAUCCAAUGCCAAAUUACGACAAAUUUGCUUGAAGAUAGUUGAAGCGGCAGUCACAACCACAGAAGACCACAUGAAAAUUAAAAGGAAAAUAGCUAUGGGGCUGAAAACUGCCAGAGCAUGGCUAGAUACCAAAGAAAUAACAAUGGCUGCCAGUGUCCUUGAGCUCACUGAUCAAUUUGUGAAGCAGCUACAGAAGCUCAUAGUGGAGGACGUCAAUAGAUGUGGGUCCACGGAUUCCUCAGAUAAAUGGAAACUAGACGUGGAAGAAGAUCUGUUCAAGCUACUUUGUUACAAGGCUGAGGCUAAUUUGACUCAAGAUGAUGAUUCCACGGCAUUAGAGCUAAUACAGAUUGCUAAAGAGAUGUUGGUCAAAUUUCCACACGAGGGAGCAUUUUUGGCCAUGCUUUGUUACAAUUUUGGGGUGGAACUCUACCAGAAAAAGAAAUUUGAGCAAGCUGUUGUUUGGUUGAAAGAGAGUUUUGAGAUGGGAAAAUAUCAGACAAACCUGGAUGCAAAAAAUCAAGCAAGAACUCUUAGACUUUUGGCAUCUGUCUACUUAGAAAUGAAUGAAGAAGAUCACAUUCUGAAAGCUCUGAAUGCUGUAACUUUGGCAAAUAAUGGGUUUCCUCAUCCAUCUGGUCUCUUUCUCUACCUCCGCAUUUUGCUGAAAACUAAAGAACCAAACUCUGUAAUCUGUAAAGCAAUCUCGGACAUCAUGCAACAGCCAGGGAUAUCCCCAGAAGUAGGAAUCAACACUGCACUGCUGCUGUCUAAAAAUGAAAGACAUGACCUAGCAGUUGGACUGAUGAAGGAGCUGAUAAAGAAACAUGAGCACUCAUCCAUCCUAGGAGAACUCCUGAUGACGAACUUUGAUAUUCUUCUUGCAUCAAAAGAAAAACAGUUGCUGAAGGAGUUUGUGGAAUACUGUAUUGUUGAAAACAACACACACAGAGCCCUGGACCCAGUGGUCAGGAGGAGAUUCCACAUUGAGUUCUGGGCCCUGGCAUACACAGCUGAUGAGGAGAAGAAUUAUCCUGAGGCAUUGGACUGGUACAACUACUCCCUGAGUCUGUACAACCGAGAGGAGUCUGGUGAUCAGAAUCUGGCCCGACUCCAGCGAAACCGGGCAACCUGUUACCUCAACCUGGGCCAGAUGGACAAGGCUACAGAUGCAAUAAAUGAAGCCAGGAAAUGGGACCCUUCAUCCAUAAACACACUGUUCAUGUCAUUCAAGCUUGCCUUGGCAGGAUCUAAUGUUGAACAAGCAAAAGACAUCCUUAAAAACAUGUGCAGUGAGGUUGCCAAACUAGAAAACACAGAAAAAGAAGUGGAGGCACAGAAACUCAUCUGCCAGGCCGCUCACAUGGCCUAUGAGAAUCACAGGGAGUUGACAGCUAGCUUGGCCCUGGAGUGUUUGGCAAACUGUAGCACCGACCUGACCCAGACCCUGACUGCCCUUAGGUGUCUGAUCAGACUCAAACUGUCCCAGGUAGAUCAGGAUUCAACAGUCAGCAUUGAAGAUAUUGGAUUACUGCGUGAUAUAAGAAUGGCCUACAACAAACUUCUACAAGAACAAGAAAUUACUUGUAAAAAGUCACCCAAACUGAGUGAGGAGGCCAGCUGGUUCAUGAGAGUAGCAUGGAACUUAGCUCUGAAGUGCGAGAACAGACCUGACUUGAUGAAAGAUCUAUUUGUUCUCAGUUCUCAAUAUUCCAGUUUGUGUCCUGAUGAUGAGGAGAAUACAUUGAUGAGGAAGAAGACGUGUCUGUUGAUGGCGGCCGCAGCCUGUCUACAACAGGCCAGGACCGAGGGACAGCUGCACAAAACCAAGGAAACUUUCCUGGGGGAGGCUAUCCAUCUUAUCCAUGAAUGUAAAUUCAUAAAUCAGCAGAUCCAGCAGGAGAUGGACCGGGACUCCUCCCUAGAUACAAGAAGUAAGGACAAAUCAGACCUGUUGAUGUUGAUGUAUGAGUUUGAGGCUCGCUGUAAGCUUCAGGAUCCCGCUGUUGAAGAUGUUAUUGAGGUACUUCUAAAAAUCCCGAAUCCUGAUCCCAAACCAUUCGAAACCAUAGCAGCUCUGUCUAUGGAACCACCAUCCACUCACAAAAAUAUUACAGUGCGAGCAAUGAAGAUAGCCAUCAGGAAACACUUACAGAUGCCAGCAGUUGAUUAUGACAGGAUCAGUAAACUGUUUCGGGGUUUGAUUCAGACAGUGUUGUCGACUGCCUCUGAUAACACAAAAGAGGAAGCUCUCAAGUACUAUGAUGAUGUGGUGGAUCUAAUCGACAGAAAAGCCCAGAGAGACUAUCCGGAGACAGAGAUUCUCUGGCUAAUGGUGAAAGCUUGGAAUUGUGGGGUAACUUUCUACAGCUCUGGGAGAAAUGAACUGGCUGAGAAAUGGUGCAGUACUGGCAUGAAGUUUCUGAAGCAUCUGAGUCCAAGCAUGCAGUGCAACUACAGUGAAAGGAUGACAAAUACAUAUGCUGACAUCUUGGAUCAAAUUGACAAAUCCAAGGCCAAAAAACCAAAGAAGGGUUUGGAGGAGUGAAGUCAAGAUACACUAUGUAUGCAAAUUUAGUGUCUCUGACCAUACAUAUUUUGUCUUGUUUGCUUUUAUAGUCAUGCUUAUGAUUGCUUUGUUUCCAAAAUAAAAUAUCAAGUCUUAGUGUUUAUUUAUUGUUGAUGAUCAUAUUGUUGAUUUCUUUGUCAAGUGCUUGAAAGGAAAAAGUAAGUUAUAACAUAAAACAAACACACCUAAUCAGCAUAUCGUAUAACACAACAAUUAUAAUGAAAAUGAAGGAUUUAUAAAUGUAUUUUAUGCAUUUGGGUUUACAUGAAUACAUGUACAACAAACAAUAUCCUUCCCUUCUUACCGAAAAUGUCAUUUCUAUUCAUUAAUGACAAAGUUAUGGUCUUUCAUAAUCGAGUCGAAAAAGAAGCCAUAUGAUUUUUUUGUUUUCAAAUACUAGACUAGUUAAAAUCUGCAGAGUAAAUCACAACAUCAUUUGUAAUACAGAGCCAAUGUUUAGUUCAAAUAUGAAAUAUGCAUGGUCAUCCAUACUCAGGUCGAAAAAAUAAAAGCCUUCAAUAUGGAUAUUUUACAUGUACUUUAAAAUGUAGUAAUUAAAAUGUGUAAGAAUAAAAUUAGAGAUCACACAAAAUAAAGGGAAUUAAAUAAGAUUUAUCUUACCAAUACAAGAUGCAAAUACAUAUCAUUUAAUUAAAUAAAUAGUAGUGCAACCAACAUACAUUGCAUUUACAAUUACAUGUACUUAACCAAUGCUCAUGCUUGCAACAUACAAAGACAACAUAUGAAAUGAACUGAUGUUAUGUACACAUUUAAAUGACUAUGCAAAUGCACCAGGUUAUGUCCCUUGGUACACAAUAUACUGGAGUGGAAAGUUCUAAAACUGGUCAAAAGUUUGUGCUCAAAGAAUUAGUGAACACAUGCCAAAUGUCAUUGUUUAAAAAACAAAAUGGACAAAAUCUUUUGAAUGAUAAAGAAAACACUGCAUCAUGUGUCUAAUUUGUGUAACAGCUAGAAUUAAAAUGCAAGUCCCAGAAAGAAAGCUGCAUGUAGUAUAUGAUUCAGUCCCAGCUUUAUGCUGUUGGUUUCCCAGCUCUCAUGUAGUUAAUCCAGUUAGUACUUAAACAUUUAGCUUC